GCCAGAAUUUAGGAAGGCCAGUGGCUGAGGGAAUCCCUGGAGGGAGCUCAUCCUCUGAGCCCACCCCCCAAGACACAAGUGCCUUUAUAAAAUAUAAUAUGCCUAGGCCUAUAUUUUUUUUUUUGAGCCUAUUCAUACAAAUAUUUAUUUCCCUUUCAUGCCACAACAGACCUUGUAACUGUAAGUAGGCAAUACUCCAAAGAUUUUGCCAAAUGGUAGUUUAAGUAUACUGAAACAUACCACUCAUCUAGGAUGAAGAGGACAAGGAAACUAUGUCUACUGCCUUUACAGAGGGGGAUCCAGAAAGGCCUAUAAAGAGCAUGGCUGGGCAGCAGCAGGAGGGUCCCUCAACCUCCACUGCACAGAUUGACACAUAAAAGAAGUUAACAGAAUUCACUUGCUGAAAAAAAUACAGAAAACGGAUAAAGAAAUGUUAUAUUUGGACCACCAGAUUAGGAGGGCAGAUCUGGAAAUUGAAAUACUGGAGCAUAAGUUAGAGUGAUGAUGUCCUUCCAGCAGAGGGAGUGUUGCUACUGUAAAUGGACUGCCCUGUUACCAUGCUGAGUGAGGCAUAAUAUAGACUGAAAUUGAGAAGACAUGACAAAUUUUCUGAGCAACUUCCUUUCACAUCGAAGAAUGGAGGAAAGGAGUGAGGAGUCAUUGGCUUUCUCUGUCAGGGUCUUCACUCUGCAGGAGGAGAUGAUGGCUGAAGAGGCGCACAUGGACACACAUGAGGAGGAGGUGCAGGUCCAUGCGGAGGUGAGCAGAGAGCAGCAGAUCAGUGUGUGCAGACAGAGAGAAGAACAGGAGCUCACACUGCUCCUUACUACAGGACUGGAGGCUCAGUGGCUAACUGUGCAGGAUGGGAACAGAGCAUCAGUCUUCCAGUUCACUGUUUCCAAGGAGAUGGACUGUUGCCAGGUCGGAGCUCAGUCCUUCCUGGUCACUGUCGGCCAGCUGAGUCUUCUGCUGCAGUUUAAAACUCCAGCUGAUAUGAAGAACUUCCAGCGGUUAUUGAGGAGAGGGAGCGAUGAAAAGACUGAAGGCUGCAAAGAAGGACGCGAGAGUGGAAGCAAGGAUACAGAGAGAAGCCAAACACCCUCUAGGAGACAUCCCUCUAUGCUUGAAACAAGGAUUGAAAAUGCCCCUACACAGUGCUACCAGUUUCAUAGCUGUCUAUCCCAGCAGCAGAGCCUGCUUCAGGACUACCAGAGGACCGCCACUUACCAGAGAGCCAUUUUGGCCAAUGAGACCGACUUCAGAGACAAGGUGGUUCUGGAUGUGUGUUGUGGUUCUGGUAUUCUGUCUUUCUUUGCAGUCCAGGCAGGAGCCACCAGAGUGUAUGCUGUUGAAUCCAACCCCAUGGCCAAGUACACACAGAUCCUGGUCCAGAGCAACCGUCUGUCUGAGCGGAUCUGUGUCCUAGAGGGGGAGAUAGAGGAGGUCAGCUGUCCUGACAUGGUGGAUGUCAUUGUCUCUGAGCCCAUGGGUUACAUGCUGCUAAAUGAGAGAGUCAUGGAGAGCUUCUUGUAUGCCAGGAAAUGGCUCAAGCCCAAUGGUCUGAUGUUUCCCUCCUAUGGAGAUAUUCAUCUGGCUCCCUUCAGUGACGAACAGCUCUACUUUGAACACCACGCACGAGCCAGUUUCUGGCAGCAGAGAAGCUUCUAUGGUGUUAACCUGAGUGCUCUGCAUAGUCCUGCUGGGGAUGAGUUUUUCAGGCAGCCUAUAGUGGACACAUUUGAUAUGCAGAUCUUGAUGGCAAGGUCUGUCAAGCAUUGCAUCAACUUCAUGGAGGCUAAACAAGAAGACUUGCACAGAAUGGAGAUCCCCUUUGUGUUUACAUUGCUCCAGUCUGGUCUAGUCCACGGGCUCGCCUUCUGGUUCGAUGUGGCUUACAUGGGAUCCAAGUCAACAGUGUGGCUCUCCACAGCUCCCACUGAGCCUCUGACUCGCUGGUAUCAGGUCAGGUGUUUGCUCCAGACUCCGCUUUUUGCCAAACAGGGACAAACUCUGUCUGGGACUGUCCUGCUGGCCGCUAACAACAGACACAGCUAUGACAUCCACAUCACAGUCACAGUCGACCAAUCAGGCUUCAGAUCUGGAAACAUCCUGGACCUCAAGAACCCUUUCUUCAGACUGUGCCUCUGAGGUCAGGUUCCGGGGCUAGAGACCUCCAGACAGACAGCGACCUGGAGGUCCAGGGCAGGUGGCCUUUCUUCUUCAAG